CUCGUGCCGCUGUUACGACCGCGCUGACAACCAACCGAGUUGAAGGGCUUGGCCUGCUCUCACUCUGUGGGUGCUCGAAAAACCGAGAAGAAAGAAGCCAUAUCCAUCUGCGCUGAGUCGAACACUAAACCUGCAGGUGGGCCGAGGCUGCCAUCAACAGGUCGAAAUGCCCCGAUUCGGUGACCAAGACUCAAAACCCUACAGGCGCCGGGCGUCUCAUGCUGGCACAUGGUACUCCGAUAGUGGGCCUCUAUUAGGGCAGCAACUGACAGAUUGGCUCGGAGCUUCGGCGCAGACAACUAAGCCCGGGAGUGCUGUUCGCGCCAUCAUCGCUCCGCAUGCAGGGUUCAGUUACUCGGCACAGAUCGCUGCUUCUGCCUACGCGCAUAUGGAUCCUUCCAAGUUGGCUAGGGUUUUUGUUCUCGGACCUUCUCAUCAUGUUCACAUGCGAAGAUGCGCCGUGUCUACUGCAUCUCGUCUGGAGACUCCAAUAGGCGACCUCGCAAUCGACCAGGACGUGACAAGACAGCUGCUUGCAACUGGUGACUUCGACGCAAUGACAGCGCGCAUGGACGAAGACGAACACUCCAUCGAGAUGCACUUACCCUUCAUCAAAAAGGUGAUGGAAGGCCGACCAUGCACAGUUGUUGCCAUCAUGAUCGGAGCACUUUCGGCGGAGCUGGAGCAACACUAUGGCAGGAUCCUGGCGCCUUACUUGGAGGAUUUGACUAAUUUCUUUGUUAUCAGCACUGACUUUUGUCACUGGGGCUCGCGCUUUCGUUACCAGCCCCUGGGUACUGCACACAGCGCUAUCCACGAGCAUAUCAGCUGGCUCGACCAUGAGGGCAUGAAGCUAAUUCAAUCUCAGGACGCGGUGGGAUUCCGCCGAUAUCUUGCACAACAUGGAAACACAAUAUGUGGAAGGCAUCCCAUUGCGACCUUCAUCAAUGCAAUGGAGGCCUCGACGGUUUGCAUUUGCGUGACAUGGGUCGAAUACGCACAGAGCACCAAGGUGGUGUCGCCCCAGGAUUCUUCGGUGAGCUACGCUUCGGCCGUCCUCACGCAGAACAAGUGUAGCUAGCUAUGAUGAGGACGUGGUAACUCUCAGGGCACCUCGGACUCCGCCUCGACGAGGGCCCACCGUGUGCUGGGCACGGUUGCAUCGGAUGUCGGCGUAAUAUAUGCAGCAGUUGCUUGCAUGUCAUGUACCCGGGUUUUUUAUUUGCUGUUUGUUGGUUUCGGGAGUUCAUACAUUUAACACGCUGCCAUUUCGUCAUGUGGUGUGUACAUUGAAGGGAAGUUGGUGUGUGCUGCUGUUGCAGCCUGACAUGAAAUGUCCUGAGCUGUGCUGUCCGUGUCGGGCGCUUUUGUGGUAUGCUGGGAAAUGGACAAGGCGAGGAAGGACGUACAUGGGGUGUUUACCCCCGAGAAACAUUCUUAGAGCAGCUACUCGAAUGUGGGUUCUAUAAGUGAGCAAACACGGGUAGGUGAACCAUUUCCUCAAGAGAGGAAAGGGGGGGGGGAGGAGGGGGAAUACACCAAAACUCCUGGUCAGGUGGUUGGAUACCGGCGGUUGGAUACGUUGGGACCGAUGUUGAGUAGAUACUGACCGAUGGUAAUCGAGUUUGACACCAGGUAGCGACGAAGGGCUACAAAUAUACACAGGUCGUACUGGGCCAGUCAAGCAGUGGGAGCACAAUGAGCUCCCCCACAGUGUCUGUCGCGCGAAUUCUCAAUCCUACAAUUGGUCGAUUUGGACGCCAGUUUUUCGACCC